AGAGCCGGGAGGCGCCCGGAGAGGGCGGCUGAUCCUGCGGGAGGGGACCAGACGGCGGCUUGAGCGGCGGCUGCAGCUGCAGCAGGACGGCUUGCCGGCGGCUCGGGGCCGCGCGCCGGGAACCUCACGGGGCGGGCGGGCGCCGCACCCCGGCCUGGCCGCCUGCGCCCCGGGGAGGCCCCCUGCGCGCAACCGGACCAGCAGCAUGAGCAGCGGCUACAGCAGCCUCGAGGAGGACGAGGACUUUUUCUUCACCGCCAGGACCUCCUUCUUCAGGAGAGCGCCUCCGGGCAAGUCCCGUUCGGGUCAGCCGGAUGUGGAGAAAGAGAAGGAAACGCACAAUUACCUCAGCAAAGAGGAAAUCAAAGAGAAAGUUCAUAAAUACAAUUCAGCCGUUACAGACAAGCUGAAGAUGACCUUAAAUUCCAAUGGGAUCUACACUGGCUUCAUUAAGGUGCAGAUGGAACUCUGCAAACCUGCCCAGCCCUCUCCCGAGCCCAGCAGCGGUGGCUGCAUGAACACGCUUCACAUCAGCAGUACAAACACCGUGGGGGAAGUGAUCGAGGCUCUGCUCAGGAAGUUUCUGGUGACCGAGAGUCCCACCAAGUUUGCGCUUUAUAAGCGUUGUCACCGGGAAGACCAAGUGUAUGCCUGCAAGCUCUCCGACCGGGAGCACCCGCUGUACCUACGUUUGGUAGCAGGGCCCAGAACCGACACCCUUAGUUUUGUUCUUCGAGAGCAUGAAAUUGGAGAGUGGGAAGCUUUCAGCCUACCGGAGCUGCAGAACUUCCUGCGCAUCUUGGACAAGGAAGAGGAUGAGCAGCUGCAGAGCCUGAAGCGGCGCUACACAGCCUACAGGCAGAAGCUGGAGGAAGCCCUGGGCGAGGUGUGGAAGCCCGGCUAAGGCCGAGGGCUCUCCCUGCCCGGAAGGCACUGUUCUGGGACGCACAAGAGAGUCGCGUUGGUUGCCUCUCUUCUCAGAGAGCUGUCUUCGUGGCCCGGCCACUCUAGGGUCUUCCUCUUUUCUCUGUAGACACAGUUGUCAAAGCCUGGUCACGCAGCAUCUUGCGCCUCACGAGGGACUGGCACAAGGGACUCCACAAGCUUGUUCUGUUUUGGCAUGGCGAUGUUACCUCUCGCAAGCUGUGAGCCUUUGGGCAUCAGGCAUCCCAGCGUGCUUGGAAGCAUGAGCUCUGGGCUGAGGCCCCCUGUCUUCUACUAGUUACUUUAGUGACGUGAUUCUGGUAACCUUCAGGAUGCAAAGAUGAGCUUUAAGGCUUCACUAAGCAACCGCUAAGACCGUGUUCUACGGUGAAACUACCUGCAUGUUUUCAUUCUCUGUUGGAGCAGCCCUACCCACCUGAACUGAAGGACACAGGAAUUUAGGAACUCUGGGGGACUGGGAAAAGAGUUUGGAAGAGUUUUGACAAAGAAAGUAGAGAGCAAGUCGGGAAGGUAGAGGGAAGGUAAGGGCCCAGGGCUCGGGGAGGUAGUGUGGCUUCUAAGUUAGCGUUAGAGGAGAAAGGUGUAUUUGUCUGUAAAAGAGCUAAAAGCAUUCAGGGUCAAUGUUGAGCUUGGUUAAAGAUUGCUUAAUUUGCUAGUGGUAAAAUGUGGGGUCAGAGCCAAAGAGCCAGGAGCUAAGCCCAAAGGGAUCCACAAACUGCAGCCGACCCGCAGUGGAUUUAACCUUGACUGAGGUGGUCCACAGGUAGGUGUGCCUCAGCUGGACUUGACCUGUACAUCUGUUCUGAGAUCCACUGGUUCUGGACCCGCUGGUUCUGAGACCCGCUGGCGUGGAGCGGAUGGCCUGGGGUUUAGCUUCUCUGUGUAGGUGGGGCCUGGCCAUGUGCUGAUCCCUGUUAAUGUAGGUUCUCACCCCCACCCCCACCCCCACACAUAGAGGUUGCUCUCUGAGUUAAAAAGGAGUUUGGGUAGGGGCAGCUGCUUCCCCUCAGCUGUUAGCUAGAAAGAAGAUAUAGCAAGGCCAGGGCUCACAGCACACUUUGUGACAAUCACCCUCUUCCGUUUAUUGCAUCCUCCUUUCCUCUGCCCCUUUCCCCUGCUUCCCCCCUCCCCCGCCUCCCAGCCCCAAUCACUCUUCAAAGUUGUUCUUACAAAGUAGAAGACAGGGAUGUUGAUUAAAGGCCGGGUCCUACUGCAUCCUUGCCUCUUCAGAGACUUAACUAAGGGCCCCAAGGAAGGAAAGUCCACACCCAGCUGACUGCACAACAGUGUUAAUUAUGGAACUAUUUUAACACAAGCGAGCAUGUUCCUUCCAACCAAAGAGACGCAUGUGCAAUAGACAGGCGCAAUGGCCUCACUUUCCACAGCAGCUUGCAAAUCGGAGAGCCGAGGGAAGGGUGUUCCGAUUCCGGAGGGGCCUUACGGUUGGUCUGCCUCUAGUCUAGAUAGGUUUUGUUGUUUAUAAAUUCCCAAGGAAUUGUUAACACGGUGACACCCGAUGGAAUCGUUUGGAAAUUCCAAGGUGCCCCAGCUCUUAGCCUUUCUAUGAACCGUGCCUUCUAUCGAGAAUCUGUCCCUUGGAGGUGGCCCUCCUGACUUGUCAGAGAAUGUCGCCCUGUGGGAGGCAGAUCCAAGUGUGGGUUAUGCUAAUGCAAGCUCCCUGGACAAUCGGAUCUUCUAAGCUAUUAGAAAGAGUUGGGAAAAAAAAAAGUAGAGCUAGCUAUAAAAUAUGAAUGGCACAUCUUGUUUAAUUUUGCAUGUGAUUUCUUUUUUCGUGCAUCAAUGAGGUUUAGUGACAUUGUCAUCCGACACGCUGCCUUUGUUGUUCAGGGAAUGCCUUCGUGGUUCUUGUACUGGUUUUACCAUUGGGUUUGUGUAUGCUGCCACCAGCCACCUGGUCUUCUGACUACUCCUCCCAGUGUGCCUAGCGUUUGUGAGGCAUUGGUUUCUCUGAUUAAGACACUGUUAGACGCUAAAGUAGCAGCUGAUGGGUAUCUGUGAAUUUUUUUUUUUUUACUUGAAGUAGACUGUAUGAAGCAGCUCCCUCCUCCGUAUGCCUCCAAACCUCGCUCGAUGGCGUGUGCACUUCACCUGAAGAUCUGCCAGUCCGAGGUUCCUGAAGACCGAUGUUCUCGCUCAAACACUGGUUACUACAGCAGCCGUUGUUUUAAAGCAUAAAGGAAGAAAAAGCAUAAAGGAAGCAUAAAGCAUAAGGGAAGAAAAGGAGCCCCAGAGGCCAAAGAGAUAUAUAUAUAUAUAUUUUAAACCGUUGUUCAGAUUCUCCGGUAAAGCGAAAGCCAGCUUUGCUAUAAUGCUGUUUUCUCUUCGGAAUGUGAUGGUACAGGGAUGGUGGUAAAUGAAGGGUGGCGCAGGGAAGCUUUUAAAUCUAAAGUGAAAAGCUAUAUUUAUAAUGUUGAGGACUUUAAGUUUUAUUUUUAUAGGGCAGAUUUUUUUUUCUCCCCUGAAAUUGUGUCUGGAAUGGCAAAAUUGUUCCUAUUAUUAAAAAUUGAAGUUGUUAGUUGAUAAA